AUAACCUCUCAUGCAAGAGAAAUUGUUCUACAAAAUUCCUCUUUUCUCGCACUAAAUUCUCCCUCUUCGUGUUUUUAUUAACAUUUUCUAUUUUUUUCAUUAUUUCCGGAUUUCGAAUUCUUUCAAUUCAGUCUUGAAAUUGACUAGAUUUUGGAAGAGAGUGAGGAGGAUUUAAGGUGGGUUUUGUUUGCAGCUGCGAUGGGCAUAAUUCGGAGUAGUUUUGCCUUCAUAGUUGGCACAGUAGCUGGGGUGUAUGUGGCGCAGAAUUACAACGUACCGAACAUACAGAAGGUCAUCAAUACUGGUCUUUUAAUGGCGAAGCAAAUUGAGGAAAAUUACCGCAAGCCUAAAAAGCCCCCUUCAGACGAUGAUACGUAGUCUCACAGAAUAGAGGAGAUGCCAAUUGGUGAUGACAUCUAUUCAUUACAAGAAAUACCUAUUUUUGAGGAAGGUGCUGCAAGUUUACUCCCAAAAAUGGUGGUUGAACAAAAUUGCUGAACAACCCAACUUUAAUCUGCAUUUUAUGAGCAGCAAGAUUCCCUAAUUAUAGUUAUGUCAGUACUUGAUUCCCCAAAGAUAGCUUGUGUCAUUGAUCUGCCCAACUCAGCAGCAGAAAUGGGAGAAGUCAACUUUAGCAUUUUCUGUUUAAUUUGAAAGGCCAUCCAUAGGAUGUGCGUAAGUUAAAAUUAUAAUUUCUAUUAAGACUUUGAUCAUUUGAUAUAAAUAUGGGGCCAAAUAGAUGGGGAUAUAGAUUUUGAUGAUAUAAACUUGUAAUACAUUCUUUUCCGAUAAAAACAGGGUACAGUUGAUUUAGCAAAGCACCUUUCAUGUUAUCAUAAUAGGGAGGUGGAAGGGAGCCAUUCACUUCCGUGUCAGCGACUAUGCAUUUUUCAUUGUGUGGUGUGUUUCAAGUUUUUGUUGGUUAUCAAUUAUUGUAUGAUUUUACUUU